UAUUAUUGACAUUAAUAUUUUUAUGAUGCUAAUGGAAUGAAUUUUUAUUAUUUUAAUGCGCUUAAUGGCAAUAUUGGGAGGGUGAAAAUUGGGAAGAGAGCGAUUAGCAAUUAGCCCCCACGCCCAUGGCGCAGCGCCUAUUAGUCCAAACGAUCCAUGGCAACAAAUUGCGACUUGCCCCAGGGGCUGUUUGACAUCAACGUUUGUUACACGUCGAGGGUUAUGUGCAAUCGAAGCGGCUAAAAAUUUUCGCAACGCGCUAAUAUCUUGUUUAUUUACAUUCGCUCUCGAAUGCAGCAGACCGGCACGAACGAGAUCGCGAAAAAUGCUGGAUUUUCAAAAACGAGCGGUCCAGCAAGAUCUGAAGGUUGCUGCGGCGAUCGAGCAUCGCAGACAGAUCGAGGAGGCUCGUAAGAAGCGAAUCUUCAAUCCGAGGAUUCGGAAAAUUGGAGUAGACAAGGAGUUUCUCGAUAAGCAAGUCGAAGAGAGAAAACGACUGCAGGACCUUGAAAAGGAGCAAGAAUGUCGUUUGGACCAGGCUCUCGUUCGCAACAGCCAACUAGCCAUUCUGCUUCAGAGGCAGCAAGACGAGGAGAGGCGAAAACUCAACAAGGAGAUCAACGCGUUUCGCCAGGAGUACCAGAAGCCCCAGUUGCGUCGAGAUUUCGAUCUCUACGACCCGAACUUGUUGAAGAGGUCAAAACCCCCACGGCAUCCCGACAACGAUGACAAUCUCGGCCUAGCUUCGGCUCAAAAAUUCGAGGGCGAAGAUACGAAUCUGGAGAAUCGUCGUCGCGAGCAGAAAGAGCAAAUGCAAAGUUGGAUCGUUCAGCAAGUGCGCGAGCGCAGAUUGGCCGAGCACGAGAUGCAAGAGGCCGAGCGAUCCUACCAGGAGGUCACCCUGGCUCGUGACCGACGAGCCCUCGAGCUCGACCACAUGGAGCGCGAGUGUCGCCGCAGACUCAGCCAAGCCACGGCUAGUUUCAACAAAGCUCUGGCCGACGAGCAGGAGGCGCGCAAACGAUGCAGAGCCGCGCAGGACUUGGAGGACGCCCGCGCCGAGAUCUACAACCACGUGACCGGCGACUUCCUUACCGAGGCUCCGGAGCAGGCGAUCAGCACCCGAGGCCCCGGUAAGCCCAUAGCCAGCCGCUACAAAGGUAUGAGCGCCGCCGAAAUCAAAGUCUUCCGAGACGAGCAGGCUCGACAGAUGCAGCAGAUACAGCUCAUGAGGCAAGAAGAAAACGUCAAAAACGAAGAAUGGAAUCGAUUGAUGAACAGCAACGCGAGGACGGCCGAAUCGUAUCAGCGCGACUUGGAUCGCAAACGAGCCGAACUGAACAAAAAAAUCGCCGAGGAAAAUUUGAAACUGGCCCAGGAGCAGAAAUCCAAACAAGAGUAUCUCAAUCGUCACGUAUACAAGGACAAACUCACCCCGGAUUUCUAUGCUCAAUUCAAUACAAGCACUCGAUGAAGCUACUGUCUCAUUUCUUAUCAAAUUUAUUUAAAAAAUUCA